AUGGACACAGGCGUGGACUACCAGACACGAAGGAGACUCCAGAAUCGCAUUGCACUACAAAAGUUCCAAAGCUGUACGCAAAUAGCGCUACCGUCUUCGAGCUCGAUGUCUUUGGGAAAUCAGAUACUCCCAGGCCGUCCAUUGGAUCAGGAGAUUUCACCGGGAUGGCGUGCACCUCAACAACAUGUAGAUCUAUCAGGCACUUCAAACAAUGCCAUAACCCGUCUUCACAGUCCCGCUGUAUCUGAUAAGUGCAACUCUUCCGAUUUGCAGGGCAUCGGCGGGGCGUUGGAGUUUGACCUGAACCUCGAACAGUUGACGACACCUAGUAUCGUACAAAGACAUCAGUCACAUGAAGGGUUAGGAGCAGUAGAUGUGGUGACAUCUACAUCCCAGCAGACACAAGAAUUGUUACUGGAUGAUAGCCCAAAUACCAUUUUCCGUGAUAUUCAAUAUACGGCCAAAGCCCGAAUAUUCAACGACGCGAUACUAGUCCUGCAAAAACAGAAAGUGAAUCUGGGAAGGCAGGCGGAGGAGUUAAUAAGGAGGUUAAUCUCAAUCUAUGACCUCGGGACUCAGCAAUCUUCGGAGCAUGAUCACAUAAACGUAAAGAUCUUGAAGAUAGUUUUCAGUUAUGGCCAUUAUCUCCUCAGUGCAACCUACCCUUUUCAAGUCCCAGAAAUCUCGCUACAUAGGAAGCGCCUGCGCAAAUAUAAAGGUAAAGUAGGAUGUCUCUACUAUCUUGGUGAUCUCGCGGCUCGUGGCUGCCCCAAAUGGGCGAACAGUGACAAAGGGCCACCGAGGGGAACAAGGCCGACCGCUCAAAGAGAAAAUCACCAGUGCACCAUUCAAGCAUCGACCACAACACCAAUCGACGAGAUGUCUUCACUGCCCUGGAAUCGAUAG